AAUACAGGAAGGGGCGGCGUUCCAGGUGAGAAACUGGGCAGCUUCGGCGCCUAUCCUUUCCGGGCGCUGAAGCCCCCAAGUUGAGGGGGAGCUGCCCAGCAGGCGCAGGCAGGGGUCCCGCACAAGGAACUCCCAUCCUCCAGGAAUUCGGCUCUUUCUGCCCUUAUAAGGCUAUUUCAACUCGCGGCCAAUCAGCGGCUGGAGGCGGUGCCCCGCUUGCCCCAAAACUUCGGCGAAGAAGGCGGCGGCGGCUCGCGGAGUGUCUUGUGUGCGCGCCUCGCCUGGCUGCCGAGACGCCGCCCUGUCCCGGCAGAGAAUGAGCAGCAACCAGUUCAACAAGGGGCCCAGCUACGGCUUGUCCGCGGAAGUCAGGAACCGACUUGCCCAGAAAUACGACCCUCAGAAGGAAUCUGAGCUGCGGAUAUGGAUCGAAGGCAUCACCGGCAGGGAGAUCGGGCCCGACUUCCAGAAGGGGCUGAAGGACGGCGUCAUCCUUUGCGAGCUUAUAAAUCGGCUGCAACCAGGUUCUGUAAAGAAGAUUAAUCAUUCCGCUCUGAACUGGCAUCAGCUAGAGAACCUCUCCAAUUUCAUCAAAGCCAUGCUCACCUAUGGCUUGAAGCCAGUCGACCUGUUUGAAGCUAAUGACCUCUACGAGAGCGGGAACAUGACGCAAGUCCAGGUGUCACUGCUGGCUCUGGCGAGCAUGGCCAAGACGAAGGGGAUUGACAGUGGCCUGGACAUUGGGGUGAAAUAUUCGGAGAAACAGCAGAGGAGCUUUGACGACACGAAGCUGAAAGCGGGCCAGUGUGUCAUCGGUCUACAGAUGGGCACUAAUAAAUGUGCCAGUCAGUCGGGGAUGACGGCCUACGGCACUAGGCGGCACCUGUACGACCCCAAGAACCAGAUCCUACCACCUAUGGACCACUCCACAAUCAGUCUGCAGAUGGGCACCAACAAAUGUGCCAGUCAGGUGGGCAUGACAGCUCCUGGCACCCGGCGGCACAUCUACGAUGCCAAGACGGGCACAGACAAGUGCGAUGACGGCUCAAUGUCUCUCCAGAUGGGCUAUACCCAGGGGGCCAACCAAAGUGGGCAGGUUUUUGGCAUGAGCCGCCAAAUCUAUGACCCCAAGUAUUGCCCUCUGGGCAGCCCCGGUGACAUAGCCAACAACCAGGACAGGAACUCACCCGAAUAUUACUGCUAUCAGGAUCAGGAAGAUUAGAGAGGCUGCAGGGUUGGGUUUUUUGGUCUCUCUGUAACCUUCCUGUACAGGUUCUGCCUUUGUUGCCAGCAGCACUGCAGUAUCUUAUGUGUUUUGUAACCUGUUUUUUUUAAGGAAAAGGGAUUCCUUUUUUAAGAGCAGAGAUGAAAUAAUAAAAGCCAUGAUUUUA